CGCCAGUACUGUAACAGUUUCACCAGUCUUAAUAUCGUUGCCGUUGGCUUGUAAAAGGAACUCCUUCUCGCAAAAGCCACAAAACGCGAAGCACACCCCACGGCCCACGAUACAGCCCCUUGGCAGCACAGAAAGCAUCACAACACAACGCACCAUGGGACGCCCGAACAAGAACAAGAAACGACAAGGCGGCCAGCACCAGAAGCAGGCGCAGCAGCGACCGAAAAAGAAACAAAAGAGGGAACGAUUCUGGAUCGAAGAUUGCCGCGAAGCGUCUUCCUCGCUGUUGUCAUCGAAUGAAAAACAAGCUUCGCUGGAAGUCCUCAUUACGCAGGUCCAAUUGUUUGACGACUACAGACAGGUUCCGCAACAGCAACCAGAAAACAACGAGGUGCAGAGUAAAGAAGCUGCUACUGUAACUCGAGAAGACCUGAACGACAACAGCGUUUCGGGGAAGGACGGCGAGGCCAAGCCGAAAGAGAUUCUUACUGGGUCGCAGAAGCAAGAACAAGAGCAGGACGACGAGAMCACCCACGAAGUAGUAAAAGAGAAAGACGACGAGAGAGAUUCGUCAAAUGCCAAGGACGGGACGAAAGGAACAAAUAGUCCAGUCGCUUCGCUACACAAUCCAAGAAAAGACUCGGCGAACGAGAGCCAUCCCGAGAAGAACAGCGAGGAAAAGUCGAAGCCGGUUCCCGAUGAAUCACGCCAGCACGAACAAGGCGUUAACAACGCCGAGGAAGACACGAAAGGAGGUUCCACCGAUGGGCUCGACUUUCGCGAUGCCUUUAUUUCCAUCAAGCGUUCCAAGAGCGCUAAGAAACCCACGAGGGUAACAGCGGAUUCCGUCGAACACUUCAAGCCCCUCCCGAACGGCGAUUGCGGAGACGGCGUAGUCAACCCGUACGACGACAAGGAGGUGCCCGACAAAUUCUGGUCGCAGAGAAGGCGGCUCUUUACCCUGUUUGAUCACGGAAUCCAGCUGGACAAGGAAUCGUGGUAUUCGGUGACACCCGAGGCGAUUGCAAACCACAUCAGUGCGCACCUGGUGAGCAACCGAGAAAACGCAAUCGUCCUGGAUCCAUUCUGUGGUUGCGGGGGGAAUGCGAUUGCCUUUGCGCGKAUGGACGAAGUGAAACUGGUGGUGUGCAUCGACAAGGAUAUCGAAAAACUCAARAUGGCUGCAUCAAAUGCUGCGAUUUACAAUGUUCCAGCCAAGAAGAUGGUGUUUGUUCACGACAAUGCCGCCCGCAUUCUUUCCUUGUAUGAGAACAAAGSACUCACCGGCAAAUCUGUCGGGGGGGAUUACACCGAGAACCAAGAAAGGAGCGAAGAAUUUCGGAUCGGUGGGACUGAACUCCUCCCAAAGGCUAUUGACUGCAUUUUUCUUUCUCCUCCUUGGGGCGGAAUAGAUUAUGGAAAAGUUGGAAAACGAAAUUAUACACUGGAAUGCAUCAGCGUAGACGGAACAGAGAGAAAUACUCAAAUCGGUGGAGAAGAAAUUUUGAAAAGGGCCGCCAAAGCCMUGGGMCGAGACGGACCCAUUGCUUUAUUUCUCCCCAGAAACACCAAUGGAGUGGCCCUCGGUAGAAGCGUCCUAAGAGCGGGGUAUGAUUCCCCCAUGGUAAUGGAGAAGAAUGUCCUCAACGGAAAACUGAAAACUAUUACGGCAUACAUUGGUCUUUAAGUGGCUAUUGUUCUGUUGCUACGCACGGAAAGACACAUUUCA